CAGCCGCUCCUGCUGUCUCGUCGCCCCUCACGCCCACCACCAAUCCAGCCCAAUCCACUGCCAAUCCCGCAAUCCAGCCCAGUUCCGUUCAAGCGGCCAUGGUCAAAAUCGACAAAAUGAAGGAUCCCGAGAUCCUCAAGAUCGCCCGGACCUAUUUCUUUGUCGGCCUGGCCUUUCUGCCGUGGCUCUGGCUGAUCAACUUCCUGUACAUCUUUCCCAUCAUCCGAAAGCGGCCCUCGCUCGAUCGGCAAAUCGUCCGAUAUGUAUGGAUGUCGCUCGCGGGCUCGAUCGUCUGGCUGGUCAUUCUCCUGGUCUGGAUAACGCUGUACCUGACCCAGCGCAACCGAUACGGCACAAUCGCCGAUGCAAUCGCCAUCAACAUCCCAAUAGGCUGGUAGCCAAACCAAACGAUACAGCCGUGUUCACCAACAGCCCGUGCGUAGCUUCGAGUAUCGGGACCAACAGCGAACCCUUGCUCGCGGGGUUGUAGACUGGACUGGACUGGACCGGAUUGGACUGCUUUGUAUUUCCUUUUUUUUUUGGCUCCGAGACAGUACUCUGUCUAUAUUCCCACCAUCAUUCUUGUCGUCCCUACCGCCCACCAUCUCAGCGAUGGAUCCCUUGAUGUCGCCGCUUGGCCCACAUGCCGCUGCAACGCACCGGCCAUUGUCGUCCGAGGGCCAGGCGGCACAUUCGAUCAUCGAGGCACCAUCCACAAAACGAGCCGUCUGUCGUUAUGCCAAUUUUGUCGCUGCGUCUCCGUGGUCCGCCUGCAUGUAUCUGAUAGACACAUACAUAUACUGUACAGCUUGUUCGG